AUGGCGUUUAAGCAGGGACACAACCACCAUAGCAAAGCAAUGAACGUCUACCUAUCGUUGAAUUCCAAACGCCAGAUGAUGGAGACGUGUGACCCCUCGGGUCAUGCGUUCGCUGACGACUCGUCGGAUCGCAGUGAGAGCAGUCACUUCGAAUCGCAGCAGAGAAUUUACCAGGAUUUCGAAUCCUCUAAGAGUCUGAUUGGACUGAACCUGUCCGUCGGAAGGCAGAAGGAUGAUUCACUCGUCAAAUCUAAGGAGAUUCGACUAUCCGCCGAUGUUGGAAGACAUCAGACCCUUCGGUUCGAGGACUUCACGAGCCAUGAUGGUGCUGUUCCUCUCAAGAGAUCGAAGGAUGUUAAUUUUAUAACGGACACCAUAUCUAGUUAUCAGUUGGACAGGUCUAACGAGUCCGACACUUCUUUGGAGACUAUUCAUUCGAACAGGUCCAAGGAUGGUGUUCCUAAGGACAGUGGGUACAACCUGAUGAAGAGCAAGCGACAAAAGUACUUUCAGAACAGUUUGGAACGAAGUGGUAAGGAGAUUAACUACGUGGUGGACAGGGACUUUAAAGACUACAGUUUCUCGAAGAACUAUAAUCUCAUGAAGGAGUUUCAUCUGCCGUUGGAGCACACGAGAGACAGUCACGUAGCUUCUCUGGGUAUCGAUAGACUUCCAAGUGUAGCUCUCCUGGGGAACCCCCGGAUCCUGGACUCUCCGGAUUUUCGUGGAGUUCCCAUGCAGUCGAGGAGUCCCCAGAGCAUGGAGUCCGCCAUCGAAGGAAUGCGGAGAUCCCACCUCCUGGGGCAGAUGGAUCUGUCCAGUCACAACUUGGCGCAUCGACAGUCGAUGGAUGCAGGACAGCAUUCCCAUCAGCAACACCAACAGCAACCGCAAACAACUUCCUUCACUAUUGACGCGAUUCUGGGAAAGGGAAACCAGAGGGACAAGCACCAAAGGAGUCAGCAGCAGCAGUAUCGAAAAGCUGGGAGGCAGGAACCAACCACCUCAUGCUCUCGAGUGAGUGAUCCUGGUAACGUUGUACCUGGCAAAGCCAAACGAGUCAGGACGAUAUUCACCGCUGAACAGUUGGAACGACUGGAGGGUGAAUUCGCUAGGACCCAGUACAUGGUUGGGCCAGAGAGGCUCUACCUCGCUCACUCCCUGAGACUCACUGAGGCCCAGGUGAAAGUGUGGUUUCAAAAUCGUAGGAUAAAGUGGCGUAAAGUGCAUCACGAGCAACAGAGCCAGAGGGUCAACGAGCUCAGGCAACGAUCCCUCACUUCCCUGGAUGAGGACGACUGUAAAGAGCCAAGUGGUGGUGAAUGGUGA